AUGAGUAGUGCCGAUAGAAGAACGAGACCAAAGUCGAUGGAUGAACAGUUUACUCCGACAACAGCAUCGUCGGUCGAAACGAGUGUGCCCAUUGAACCAGCCAGCGAGCCUGACGAGGAAGAUGAAUUCGAAACAACAGAUGGUAUCGACGUCAGAUCGACUGGAUCCGCGAGUGUGACAUCGAGCAUAUAUGCGCAUACCUUCGAGAAUGGACGGCGUUACCAGUGUUUUAAGAAUGGGCGAUACCCGAUCCCGAAUGAUGAUAGCGAACAAGACCGAGAAGAUAUGAAACAUGCGAUGAUGCUAGAGCUUACAGAUGGAGAGUUAUUUUAUGCACCUAUUGGCGAUAAUCCGCAGAGUAUUCUGGAUAUCGGCACAGGUACAGGUAUAUGGGCAAUAGAUGGUGAGCGCAAUCCCUUUCUGUCAUAUAUUCUCGGAUUAUCCAUUUGCAAGGUUCUUGUUCGAGAUGUUGGCGAUCGAUAUCCCAGCGCGCGCGUCCGAGGAGUGGACCUUACGCCAAUACAGCCAACUUGGGUACCUCCAAACGUUGAUUUCUUGAUCGAUGACUGCGAAAAGGAUUGGUUGACGGAAGAUUGCGAUUUCGUUCAUUUCCGAUUUAUGAUUAUAAUACUACGAGAUGUCCCCACGAUCUUGGAACACGCGUUCAAAAGUAUAAGGCCAGGUGGCUGGAUCGAACUGCAAGAGCUCUGUGCGGAGCCUCUAUGCGACGAUGAUACAAUGCCGGACGACGAUCCGAUAAAAUAUAUGUACGACUUGGCUGGUCAAGCGUUCGGAAAAUUUGGGAUGGAUGUCACUUUACCAAAACGACUUGAACCUUUACUCUACAAUGCAGGAUUCCGAAAUAUUCGACUGGUGGUGAAAAAGGUGCCCAUUGGGGUUUGGGCCAAGAACAAGACACUGAGGUUGAUCGGACUAUAUCAGAAAAUGGCCAUCCUGGAUCUAAUGCCCGCUCUCGCUGGACGUCCUUUUACGGCUCUGGGACUGUCUCCGGCGGAGAGCCAGGUGACGCUGGCAUUUGCACGGAAAGGGUUGGAUGAUCCUAGGACACAUCGAUAUUUUAAUUACUAUUUUUGGUAUGCGCAGAAACCAGUGUCGUGA